AUGUCACACCAGGAUAUUGUGACGCAGGUGAACCCGGGCGAAAACGGGUUCACGCAUGCGCAGGACGAGAUUAUGGACGACUACAACACGGAGAUCAAGAUGAACAUGCGGGGCCACAUGUUCACGAUCACGCGGGACGACUUGAUGGCGUUGCCCGAGUCGAUCCUCCUCUGCUUGUUCCCGAACGGGAUCUUUGUCGGGAUGGACGGGAACGUGAUCACGAACUUGACGGAGGACGACAUUGUGUACGUGAACUUUGCGCCCGAGUGCUUCCAGUACAUCUGCCGAAUAUUCGACACGGCGGUGAGGGACCUGCACGUGCUGAGCCAGCUGCAGCAGCAGCAGUACUACGACAUCAACGACCCGAACAUCCUCAACGACAGACCCUCGAUCAUCGUCUUGCGGGAGGACCUCGACUACUACUGCAUCCCGCCCGUGAAGAACCUCGGCGUCGAGCAGAUGCGCCACAUCAAGUACGUGGUCGGGCACAAGCUCCUCGAGCACCAGAAGAUCUUCGAGGGCCUUGGGUUCGUCGCCGGCAAGCAGCUGCGUCCGGCCGAGCAGCACUUGAUGGACAUGCUCUGCAGCUCCGGCUUCGCCCACGACGGCGAGUGGGGCCACCGCUCGCUCGAGCCGGGCAAAACCGUGAUCUUCUCCUUGACGCUGGCACGUCUCAACAACGGCACCACGGGCACCGCCGCCACCUCCGCCUCGGGCACCCCCUCCGACUCCCCCCAGCUCGCCCCGACCUCCUCCAACGCCUCGCUUCUCAGCGAGAAGGACGCCGACCGCGGCCGCAACAAGGACAAGCGCAAGUCCCGCCUCAGCACCUUGGCCCACUCCAUCUCCCGGGCCGGCUCCAAGGUCAGGCAGAAGGCCAACCCGAACAACACCAAGCUCCUUCUCUUCUGGCGCAAGCCCGCCCGCAAGUGCUGGUGGACCGACAACAUCGUCACCGUCGACAUCGGCGACCUCGGUCUCCAUGACUCCGACGGCAACCCCAUGCGCCACACCCGCAUCAAGGUCCACAUCCGCCGUGUCUGGACUCUCGAGCUCUCCAUCAUCGGCCUGCAGUAA